UGCAGCAGAAUGCUUCAUGACACCUCAGUUGAACGUUGUCAGAGGAGGGGUGAACAUCAAACCGAGAGGAAGGAACCAUGGCUGCACUUUUCAAAGCAAGGAAAGCCCUCCGCUUGUGUCUCAGUGGUUGUCGAAGUCUGUCUCAGCUAGCCGAGCUACCAGAGACUCAUCAGAUACUGAGACAGACCUGCAGAGACUACGCCGACAGAGAACUGAUCCCCAUCGCUGCCAAACUCGACAAAGAGCACACUUAUCCUGCCAAACAGAUCCAGGAGUUGGGGGCGAUGGGGGUGAUGGCCAUGGAGGUCCCAGAGGAGCUGGGUGGUGCUGGGAUGGACUAUCUGGCCUACACCCUGGCUAUGGAGGAGAUCAGCCGAGGCUGCGCCAGCACCGGAGUCGUAGUAACUGUCAACAACUCUCUCUACAUCGGACCCAUCCUGAGGUACGGCACAGAGGAGCAGAAGACGCAGUGGAUCACGCCGUUCACCACGGGAGAGAAGGUGGGCUGCUUCGCCCUCAGUGAGCCAGGUAACGGCAGCGAUGCAGGUGCGGCCUCCACCAUCGCUCGUCAGGAGGGAGACGAGUGGGUGCUGAACGGAACCAAAGCCUGGAUCACCAACAGCUGGGACGCCUCGGCCACCGUCGUGUUCGCCACCACCGACAAGAAGCUCAAACACAAGGGUAUCAGCGCCUUCCUCAUCCCCAUGCCACACCCAGGGCUCUCUCUGGGGAAGAAGGAGGAUAAGCUGGGCAUCAGAGCCUCGUCCACGGCCAACAUCAUCCUGGAGGACUGCAGGGUCCCGCUGGACAACAUGCUGGGUCCACGUGGUGCUGGAUUCAAGAUCGCCAUGCAAACUCUGGACAGUGGACGGAUCGGCGUUGCAUCUCAGGCUCUCGGUAUCGCUCAGGCCGCUCUGGACUGCGCCGCAGACUACGCACACAAACGCACCGCGUUCGGCGCCCCCAUCAGCAAACUGCAGGCCAUACAGUUCAAACUGGCUGACAUGGCGAUGGCGUUGGAGAGCGCUCGCCUGCUCACCUGGAAGGCUGCGCUCCUCAAAGACGCGAAGAAACCCUUCACCAAGGAAGCAGCCAUGGCCAAACUAGCAGCAUCUGAAGCCGCCACCUUCUGCUCUCAUCAGGCGAUCCAGGUUCUGGGAGGGAUGGGUUACGUGGCGGACAUGCCCGCAGAGAGGCACUACCGCGACGCUCGCAUCACCGAGAUCUACGAGGGCACCAGCGAGAUCCAGAGACUGGUUAUCGCCGGCCAGAUACUGAAGGAGUACCAGGCGUAGACCCAGCUCUGUCAGUGCCUCUGGUGCAAUAUGGACACAUAAUCCCAGAUCUGGAGUCAGAUAAGUCAACCACAGAGACAUCACCUCAUCCAUAAAGAUAACAAAGCCAGUGUGAUUCAGCUACGGUGCCGCUUUUAUACUUUUUGGCAACAGGCCUUUUUUUUUUUUAUCAGUCAGAUCACAGACGUCACUACAGAACUUCAUAGGAAAUUCACACGAUUUUACUGCUGCAUGUUCGGGGAAUUCAGGACUAAAUUUAAAACACUGUAAAGCUAAAUAAGUCCAGUCUUUCCUCCGCUGCCUUAAGGGGACGUCAGUGUUCUGCCAGUUUAAAGGGUCAGUUCAACUAGAUAUUUUUCCUCCGAGCCACACAGAUACUUUUAGUUUUAUGUGCUUAUGAACCUCUGACAAUGAAUUUCUUUCUUGGAGUUCAGAGAAAGCAGCUUGUCUUUACAGAAAUGACUCUCUGCUGUUCAUGUGCUCUCAACUGCAGAUUUAAUUAAUUUAUUAAUAACUGGGGUCGGAUAUCGUUUUAUCAGACCUGAAUCUAACGUGAUCCAGGGUUAAAUAUCUGCAUUCUUCUCUGGCGUUUGUCUGCUUCUUCCAGAGCUUUCAGUUGCAUUACAUGGUCUUCAUCAGUGAGUGGAACUGGCUGGAGGAAAACAAGAGACGUGGUUAUAAUUUAUCAGGUGAUUAUCAGCCGUUCCAGUCGCUGAUGAAGACAAUGAGAUGCGAUUGAAAGCUCAUUAUUUCCCGUUGGGUCCAGUUGUGUCCACAGCGGGGGGAGGGGGGAGGGAGAGGUGAGGUGAAGGGACAGGUGCACGCAGGUGAUCUGGCAGCAACAGGAAGUUAGACUGUAGUUUCUCACAGAGGCCACUGAAGCACUUGCUGUACUUCCUCUGAGUCAAACCUCAGUCAGAUCUGAACACACAGACGUGAUCCGUGUAUUUUUAGGUUCAGUGUGACUCACACCUCCUGGGGAUAUCAUUAUCUGUGAUGUCAGCGGUGAUAAACAUCCAUAAAUCUCCUGAGACAGAGUAAAGACGCUCUUUAUGUCUGCAGAACUUCCCUGAGAAUCGUCACGUUUUUAAGUUUUCCUCAGUAUCACAGUGAUGCAGUGAUACGUGACUGUACAUGUAUUGGUACGCUGCAAACAGGAGCUGCUAAUGGCUAAUUCUGCUAACUUUUACUGGUGGAAAUCUGCCAAAAAUAUAAACAAAUACAGGAUUAAAAGAAUCUGGUUCACGUUGUAGCUCACUGUGGUGCCACAUGGAGCAAUGAGGACCUCUACUGACCACAGCCAGCAACAGCACUUUGGUUAAAUUGACACAAAAAAUAUUUGACAUCAACUUGUUGAAGUGUGUUAAUUUAUUAUGUGUGUGAUAAUAAAGUAACAGCAUCAGUGUAUCUGCUGUAGAACAGUUUUCCAUGCUCAUAUACUCUGUUUUUAUUUGAACUGACCCUUUAAUACCUUCACUCAGGUUCUAUGGUCCCUGACACCUCUGAACAUCUUCAGUCAUUUUCUUCCUAUGAGGAGUUUUAACCACCAGAGGGCGACGCUGUGCCUUUUCUGACUCAUGAAUCAUCAGAAACACACAGCUACACACACAUUUUUCAGAACACACACACCGCUGUUUACUGCACGUUUUCUGAUUUAGUCUCCUGAAGUUAGAGCUGAUACUUGAAUCAUGAAGUGACGGUCGGAGCAGUUUAAUCUGUGAAUGUGUCAGAUUGUAAAGAGGCUGUGGAGUGAUUUCUACCUGCUGAUUUCACAGAGCUCUUGUGCCUCAGUGACUUGUACAUAAUUUAUUGUGUGUGAAUGAAAAUAAAAACACAAUACUUAGA